AUGGGUCCUAAGAAGAAGGCAGCACCAAAGAAGGGUGCUGGAGGGCAGGAGGACGAGGUCGAUCUCUUCGAGGAGUUCGUCAAGACAUUAAGGAAACUACAGAAGGAUUAUGAAGUGCCCAAGCUGACCCAACUGGAGAAUAUUAUAAAUACCAUAGUCGAAGAAGGGGAAGAGUUGUCGGCCUGGAACUUCAAUGGUCCACACGACAUCAUGUCCUUUAGGAUUGUAUGUGAGGCUUUACGAGAGUCCAACUACAAUAAGUUGAAGGCGAUGAGACUGUGGAAGUGUGAUAUGGGGGACGAGGGUGUACGGAGUGUUUGCAAGUAUCUCGAGAUGCCUGUUAACCCUAAGUUCGGUGGUUGUAUAGUAGAGGAUCUUCAAAUCACUGAUGGCGGAGUGACGAGUCUCGGGUGCGCUAUACUAGGGCGGACCCUCAGCUUGAAUGGGUAUAAGCUCAUAACCCUACUCAAACUAGACUACAACAAGUUUGGCAGUGCUGGUGUCGAGGCGUUGGCAGAGGGUCUAUGCCAGAACGGAUCAAUACGUGGCCUCAGCUUACAGUACUGUGAUAUAGGCCCGGAAGGAGCUCAGCACUUAUCCCUUAUUCUCAUCUUUGUCAACUGUAUUAUAGAAGAUCUCAAUCUUCGUGGUAACAACCUACAGAGUGUGGGGUUCCUAGAGCUCAUGUCGCGUGGAUUCCGGGGGGCUAGGAAGCUCAAGGCUAUCAAUGUUGCUGAUAACAAGAUCCACGAGGAUGAGAGGCUACUGCUUGAACUUACUAGAGUCUUCCGUGAGAAUCUAACGAUAGAACGAUACAAUCUAAGCUCUAAUUUCUUCACUGAUGUUGGGGCUAAGCGAGUGGUGCAGGGAUUGGUAGGGUCGACCCACAUUAAGGAGGUCCUUGUCACGGAGCGGUGCUCUCCUACUACAUUGGAGGCAUUGGAACAGGCCAUGGGAGCGAGCAAAGGGAAGAAGGGCGGCAAGGGUAAAAAAAAGAAAAAGAAAUGA